CCUAGGUCUUUCUGCACACUGUCUUGACUCGAUUGCAGACCGGACAAAAGUUCAGCAUCCGCUUGGGCUCCACGUCUCUUCUUCAACGCUGAAAAUCGGAAUAUCCAAGACGGUAACCCUGCUGUCCGACAGUUAACAACAAGCAGGGCGAGGCAGCCGAAGUGGAGUUUGCGGGUGAAAACCUGGAAACAAACCUGCAAGGCAAGGGCCUUCCAGGAAGACAUACAAAGGUAAACGACCUCCGGCGCAUCAGGGCAUCUGGCCUGCGGCGGAAUUCUUAAGCAGUCGCGGCGAUCUGGACAACCCCAAUCGGACCGCAUCGACACUUCCCCGCACCCCGCAUCCGGACCCCGCACCCCAACUGCCGCGAUGCCAGCCAAGCUUAGCGCGACCCCGCCCAGUGUGGCGAGAACCAGUCGGGCGAUCCAGGGGUAUCGCCGGCGAGCUGUUGUAGCAGCCGUGACCCGGCUCGGGCGCGGCGAGACGCACCGGUUCAUCUCGUCGGCCGCAUCAUGCAGCACGAUAAAUCCGGGAAGCAGCACGGCUGCCCCGCCGCGUGCGCAGGGAGGAAAGCAAACCAUAUCUCUCACGCCCCCGCCGGGUCCCCUGCUCAACAGCACCAUCACCAGCAUCACUGCCGCAGCCUCGCCGAGCCACCACGUCGCCCCGUCUCAGAACCGCUGGUCGUCCACGCUUGCCGCCGCCGCAGAAAAGCCCAAGAUGUACACCACGUCCUUCGCCUUCUUCGAGGCGCUGUGGGAUGCCGGCGUGACCCACGUCUUCGUCAACCUGGGCUCCGACCACCCCAGCAUCAUCGAGGCCAUGGUCAAGGGCGCGCGCGAGAAGAAGGGGCAGUUCCCGCGCAUCAUCACCUGCCCGAAUGAGAUGGUCGCCAUGUCGAUGGCGGACGGCUACGCGCGGCUGACAAACAAGCCGCAGGCCGUGAUCGUGCACGUCGACGUCGGCACGCAGGGGCUGGGCGCGGCGGUGCACAACGCGAGCACGGGGCGGGCGCCGGUGCUGGUGUUCGCGGGCCUGUCUCCCGUGACGCAGGAGGGCGAGCUGCGCGGGUCGCGCACCGAGUUCAUCCACUGGAUCCAGGACGUGCCGGACCAGAAGCAGAUCCUGGCGCAGUACUGCCGCUACGCGGCCGAGCUCAAGACGGGCGUCAACGUCAAGCAGAUGGUCAACCGCGCCCUGCAGUUCGCCCGCUCCGCCCCGCAGGGCCCCGUCUACCUGUGCGGCUCGCGCGAGGUCAUGGAGAUGGAGAUCGAGCCGUACGCCGUCCGCCAGGCCGAGUGGGAGCCCGUCGGGCCGGGCGCGCUGCCGGCCGGCGCCGUGCGCACGAUCGCCGAGGCCCUGGCCGGCGCGGAGGAGCCACUCGUGAUUACCGGGUAUGCCGGCCGGAACCAGGCCGUGCCGGGCGCGCUGGUCGAGCUGGCGAACACGGUCAAGGGCCUGCGGGUGCUCGACACGGGCGGCAGCGACAUGUGCUUCCCGGCGGACCACCCGGGCUGGCUGGGGGUGCGGUACGGAAGCGAGGAUGCCAUCCGGACGGCGGAUGCCAUCGUCGUGCUGGACUGCGACGUGCCGUGGAUCUCGACGCAGUGCAAGCCCCGUGAGGACGCCCGCAUCUUCCACAUCGACGUUGACCCCCUGAAGCAAAUCAUGCCGCUGUUCUACAUCCAGGCGCAGCAGAGGUACCGCGCCGACGCGCUGACGGCGGUCGAGCAGAUCACCGCACUGCUCAAGGCGGACGAAGGGUUCAAGGCGCAGCUGACGGGAGGGGAGAGCGAGCGGAGGUGGACGGCGCUGCAAGCGUCGUACAGGAAGCGGCUGGAGGUCAUCGCGGCCAGGUCUCAGCCGCUGGAGAACGGGGAGUUCGGGACGAGCCACCUGUGCGCGAAGCUGAGGGAGGUGUGCCCCAAGGACACCAUCUGGGCGGUCGAGGCCGUCACCAACACGGUGUUUGUGCACGACAGCAUCCAGCCCACGCUGCCCGGGCACUGGAUCAACUGCGGCGGCGGGGGGCUCGGCUGGUCCGGCGGCGGCAGCCUGGGCAUCAAGCUCGCGUCGGACCACGAGGCGCAGCUCAAGGGCGAGAAGGGCAAGUUCGUCGUCCAGAUUGUGGGCGACGGCACGUUCCUCUUCUCGGUGCCGGGCAGCGUGUACUGGAUCUCGAAGCGGUACAACAUCCCGGUCCUUACGAUCGUGCUGAACAAUAAGGGCUGGAAUGCGCCGCGGAGAUCGCUGCUGCUGGUCCAUCCGGAUGGCUUGGGCUCCAAGGCGACCAACGAUGAGAUCAACAUCUCGUUCGACCCGUCUCCCGACUACGCGGGCAUUGCGAAGGCCGCGGCCGGAGGAGACCUGUUUACCGCGCGCGUCGACAAGGCGGCCGAUCUCGAGAGGGUGUUGAAAGAGGCCGUCGCGGCCGUCCAGGGAGGCCAGACGGCCGUCGUCGACUGCAAGGUGGCCAUGGGCUGCUAGGCAGUCCCCUUCUCAUGUUCAAGUGCCUUCCUUUGUGUCCUGGGUCUCGUGGGGGCGUACAUAGUCGAAGUGGGAGAGAGCAGGCCGGCGUUGCGAAAGAGGGGGCAGCAGUUGUGUUCGCGCUUCGGGUUAUUUUUCGGACCCUGAAUGGUCCACGGCCCAUUGCUUUUAGCCUGUAGUACUACUCCGUACAUCAACAGGAGUCCUAUUUCAACGGCGAAUGAGGAAAACCACAUCUCCUGCAGCUGCCCGGCUCCCCUGCUGCUGACUGUGUUAUCGAUCGGGAAAGGUUGCCCUUCUGGGCAUGCAGAUGGAUAC